AUGACAGUAGAAGAACCGUUUCCAUCGCCUUUCACGUCAAGCAGCGGUCAACAUGCGAUGCAGGACCAGCUGCCAACGCAGCUCUACACAACGAUUGACAAGUUCACGCUUGAGUCAGGAGAAGUUCUGACCAACGCGACAGUGGCCUUCACCGUCAAGGGUCGACUUAACACUCAGAAAACCAAUGCCGUCGUCAUCUGCCACGCCCUUUCCGGCAGUGCUGAUGUUGCGGACUGGUGGUCACCACUUUUGGCAUGUCCCGAGAACCCAGUCCUCGAUCCCAACAGGUUCUGCCUCAUCUGCUGCAAUUCCUUAGGAAGUCCCUAUGGCUCUUCGAGCCCGCUAUCUGUCAAACCAGGCAGUGCAUCUUAUUAUGGACACUCGUUCCCGAAAACAACUAUUCGUGAUGAUGUCCGAAUCCAAAAAUUCGUCGUUGAAUUGCUCGGGGUGCGGUCGAUAUAUUGCGUUAUAGGAGGCAGCAUGGGGGGUAUGAUGGCGCUGGAGUGGGCAUUGCUCGGGAAGCAUUUCGUGCAAUCUGUGGUUCUCGUCGCGACCGCAGCCAGGCAAAGUCCUUGGGCUAUAGCGUGGUGUGAGAACCAGAGGGCAACCAUAAAGUCUGAUUCCAAGUUCCGUAGUGGGCGCUAUGGUGACGAUCCUCCUCGAGAUGGCCUCGCAGCAGCGCGCAUGGCAGCGAUGAUAUCGUACCGGACGCACUCAUCUUUCGAAAACAGAUUUGGAAGACGCAGGCUGGAGACUUACACAGCGCCCAACAGAAUGUUCUCUAAAGUCAACGGCAACCGUGUGCCAUUCGCGGUUGAUGUGCACUGCGCGGCACGAGAUAACGGGCACUACGAUAAGUCGGGCAUAUUCUUGGCGCAAAGCUAUCUGCGUUACCAAGGAGAAAAGUUCAAUGCUCGCUUCGACGCCAACUGCUAUCUCCACAUCUUGGACAAGAUCGACUCCCACGAUAUCGCCCGUGGCCGGUACCCAGGUCUUUCGGACGACGAGGCUCUACUCAAAGUCCUUGCCCAGAUCAGACAGCGCACACUGGUUGUCGGGGUCCCUACAGAUGGCCUCUACCCACUCUCUGAGCAAGUGCUUCUGUCCCAGGGCUUGAAGAAUGCAACUUUCGCAACGCUCCAGAGCAAUGAUGGGCAUGAUGCGUUUCUUAUCGAGGGUGAACAGCUCAAUGAAUUGUUGCGAUCAUUCCUCGGCUCGGAUCCUGACUUAUAA